UUCAAACUCAAAAUGAGUAUGCUAUUAAAGAGUUAGCAUCAACGGUCGUUCCCGCUACAGAGCGGAUUCUUGAUGAGAGGUUUGUAAGGUGUUAUAGUCGGUUGUGGCACCGUGCAAUCCCAUACCCCUUUUACCCGAACUCGCUGAUGUGGCAUCACUUCUUUCUCUCCCAAGACCCAAACCAGACUUUGUCUUCGGAUUUUCCAGACCGGCCUUCACUACGCGCCAAAAAGCAAUGAUGAUGCAUCUGGUUGACGAAUCUAGGCACAGCUACGUAAUGCCAAACCAGGAUGCGCGUUUCCCAUUCCUGGCCAUAGAGUUUAAGUCGCAGGCAAAUAAAGGCACGCACUACGUGGCCACAAACCAAGUUGCUGGCGCCGGCGCCAUUGCCCUAAACGGACAGCUUGAGCUGAUGCGGCGAGCCUAUGGCGUGACAGCAGUUGACGCGAGCGCGCUGCGCUUCUUCUCCAUCACGAUCGACCAGGCGUACGCGCAGAUAAACGUACACUGGGUAGAGGGCAUCCUAGGACAAGACGAGCCGUGUAGCUUCCGCGUCGAAAGGAUUGCGAGGCACUUUAUGGACAGUGUGGAGGGGCUGAGGGCCGUUGCGUGCGCAGUGGAGAAUAUCCUCGACUAUGGCAUAGAUACACUACUACCGAGUGUUUGCGAGGCGCUGGAUGCAUACGAGACGACUAUGAUAGCUGCGAGGGAUGGAAUUUGAUGCUUGGAUUUUAUUUCCAGAGUUGAGAGGGAUCGAAUUGGGGGUG